UCGUGCGCGGUUGAUUCUGACUGCACGAACCCAGGGGAAACCUGCGUCAACGGAGUCUGUACCGUUUCCACUGGUCCACAAUGCACCGCCGAUGCCGAUUGCACCAACCCAGGGGAAACCUGCGUCAACGGGGUUUGCACUGUUUCCACUGGUCCGCAAUGCACCGUCAAUGCCGAUUGCUCAGGCGGCCAGAUCUGCGAAUCGAAUACAUGUGUCGAUCCUGCAUCAUGCGCUGUUGACUCCGAUUGUACAGGGCAAGGGGAAACCUGUUGUACCGUUGAUGGUGACUGUUCAGGUGGCCAGGUCUGUGAAUCAAAUACCUGCGUCGAUCCUCCAUCAUGCGCUGUUGAUUCUGAUUGUACUGGGCAAGGAGAAACAUGUGUCAAUGGAGUCUGCACCGUCCCCACGCCAGGAGGGCAGUGUACCGUCGAUGGUGACUGCUCAGGUGGUCAGGUCUGUGAAUCAAAUACAUGCGUCGAUCCUCCAUCGUGCGCUGUUGAUUCCGAUUGUACUGGCCAAGGGGAAACCUGCGUCAACGGGGUUUGCAGUGUUCCCACUCCAGGAGGACAGUGUACCCUCGAUUCUGACUGCUCGGGAGGUCAGGUCUGCGAGUCAGGCACCUGCGUUGAUCCUCCUCCACCACAGUCAUGCAACGUCGAUUCUGAUUGCAAUAGUGGGGAAACGUGCGACAAUGGGGUCUGCAGCACUCCUACACCGGGAGGGGGUGAUCCGUGUAUCGAUGCAAAUGACUGCGUUCUUUCAGUCAAUCCUCUUUGCGUCCUUGGGCUGUGUGUUUGUGUCGACGCGGUCUGUGCACCGAACCCCAACGUUCAGACUUGCACUACGAACGACCAGUGCAGCGCUGGCGCACUAUGCCAGCAAGGAGUAUGUGUUGAUCAGGUCGGUUGCACGGGAGCUGCGUCGUGUGUCGCGCAACUCGAUGUUUGCAUUCUUCCAGGCUUGUGUGUCUGUGUCAAUGGCAUUUGCGGUUUCGGAGGAAGUACGCCGGCACCGCAAUGCACCGUUGAUCAGGACUGCAGCUGUCUCAUUCCAGGCGUCACAUGUCGUUGCAAUAGUGGACAGUGCCAAAGCCUUAUUUAA